AUGACAGGUGUCUACAACGAGGUUGCGACAACCAAAAUUAUCGCUGUAGAGCAGCUCGCGCAACUGUUCCUAAUCAUGUCUGACGAACAUAGCCUGGCGCCAAACAUUCAAGCCAUUGAUGUGCAAUUGCAACCUGGCAGCACUGAUUUCCAGGCCGACAUGCGGCUCAUCACCAAAAUCGCAACGAUCUUACGAGCGCCGGAUCACCUACUAAUCGUGCAAGCCAAGGAAGAUAUAUCGGAAGCUGCGCAUCAAUCGACCACGAUUUGCGUGUACACAGGCGCGCUUGGAGAACGUCAAAUUAACAACUUGGAUCCUCCUUGGGUUCGGUUCAUUAGACCUAGGGAGAAGUACUCGAUUUUUGGAGUUUCCCCUGUACAUCGUGUCUUCCAGAAGGGAACGAAUGAUCCAGAAGAUACGUUAGAGAUACUGGCGGAGCAGGAUGGCGUGAAGAUUACCGCUGGAGCCCUGAGUCUUGCUUUCAGCGAUGCACUGCGUGGUGUAGAGAUCAAUGCAGGCUCGAUGGUUUUCGAAGGCAAAGUCGUCGCACUUGAGAUCUGGAAGGUGGGAUAUGAAGAAUGA